UUUCCCCAUGGUCGGUGACGUCGCCGAAACGGAGCGGCGCCCGCUAAAAGAYCCCGUGGAUUUGUUCCACUCCGGGCAGGUUGUGAAAAUAUGCGCCCCGAUGGUCCGUUAUUCAAAGUUGGCCUUCAGAAGCUUGGUGAGGAGGUACGAGUGCGACUUGUGCUACACCCCGAUGAUCGUGGCGGCUGAUUUUGUGAGGUCUGCCAAGGCCAGGGACAGCGAGUUCACAACAAAUAACGGGGAUCAUCCACUGAUUGUUCAGUUUGCAGCUAAAGAAGCACAAGUUUUAUGCGAUGCUGCCCAAAUUGUCUGUCCUUUUGCAGACGGGAUAGACUUGAACUGCGGCUGCCCUCAGAGAUGGGCAAUGGCAGAAGGUUAUGGUGCAUCCUUAAUUAACAAACCAGAGCUAGUCCAAGAUAUGGUGAGACAUGUAAGAAAUCAAAUUGACAACCCUCGGUUUUCAAUAUCUAUUAAAAUAAGGAUCCAUGAGGAUUUAAAAAGAACAGUUGAUCUGUGUCGUAAAGCUGAAGCAAGUGGAGUUUCGUGGAUUACAGUACAUGGGAGAAAUGUAGAAGAAAGACAUCAGCCUGUACAUUAUGAUGCAAUUAAAAAUAUUAAACAAAGUAUAUCCAUUCCUGUUGUGGCUAAUGGAGACAUUAAAACUUUAAAAGAUGCUGAAAAYGUUCAUCAGUUGACAGGAGCAGAUGGUGUAAUGGUGGCUCGAGGACUCUUGGCAAACCCAGCUAUGUUUGCUGGAUACGAGGAGACGCCUUUGAAGUGCAUCCAGGACUGGGUCAGCAUUGCUCUUGAGCACGGAACUCCUUUUACAUGUUUUCACCAUCACUUAAUGUACAUGAUGGAACGAAUAACUUCGAAACAAGAGAAAAAAGUUUUCAAUGUUUUAUCAAGUACCUCAUCAGUUUUAGAUUAUCUGAAUGAUCAUUAUGGUGUGUGAUAACUUAGAUUCUGUAUGUAUGUGUUGUAUGAAGAGUUUCAUUUUGGAAUUGCCAAUGCAUUGCUGUAGUUUUACUUGGUCUCCUAUUUAUUAGUCAUGUUGGUAUACUGUGUAAAUAUUUUCAAUACAUUAUUACAUUGUGAUCAACUUGACAGUUUAUAUUUUUAGUAUUUUUAUAUUAGCAUUUUCUACUCAAGCAGUAGUCCACAUUCCAUAAAUGUGGGAYUCUGUUUAUAAUGCAUUACUUGGACUGACUGUUUAAAGACUCCAGGAAAUUAUUUUUUGUACAAGACAAUUGCUUAUAAGAGUAUGUUUGCAAAUUUAGGGAUCUUUCUUGCUAAAACUUACUAAAAUGAGGACUUGUCAAAAAUAACACCAGCUAUUAGAGACCAAAAGAAUAAUUUUGGGACCAAUCAUAGAAAUAUUUGCUCUAUCUAGGAGAAAGUGAACUUUCAAUUUGAGGAAUUUUUUUGUAUAUAUUCAGAGCUGGUGAGACCUUGAAGCUCAGAAUAUUACUCUCUUAAAUUUAUGUUCCUUUUGCAAUUUAAUUAAUUGAAAACAGUGCAAUUUAAAACUUACAUACAACUCAAGAGUAUACAACUAAACUUUCCUAAAAAAGGAGGUUCCAAUACAGUCCCUCCAAUCUUGUUUAAAGCAUAAGCAUAAGACAUAUACUUGAGUUGAGAUUACCUAAAGUAUUUAUAAUACCACUUAUUGAUAAAAUUGGUACCUUGCACUGGAUAAUGAAUUAUGAGUAGGAAUUUAAACCAUUUCUUCAUCUUACUUGGUUAUCCUUUCUGUCAUCUUCUAUCCCAGGUUUAUUUCCAUAUCUGAUAUCUGGAACUUUGAGUUGUGUAUAAGUUUUAAAUUGCACUGUUUUAAGUAGAAAACUAGCUCGGCCUGAAGUGCAAGAUUUGAAUGUUCAGACUAAAUGCAGUUUUAUCUACUGUGUAAUAAUUAUAUACAAGAUUAAAUCCUCUCACCUACUAAAACAGAGCUUUAUAGGACAAAGAAAAGCUCACAGAUUUUCUCUGUGGGGUUCUUGCAAUCUUUUCUGCCUGUGGGCAUGUUGCUUAUGAAAGCCUGACAACAACUUGGCUUUGAAUCUUUGUAUAGGACAGAAUAGUGAAAAUCAGAACAAGAUAAUAAAAUUGCACACCAGCUGCAGUUGUUCUGCAGGGGAAACUUUGCACAUCUUCUAUGCA